GAACUUCAAAACUUCAUCGUAGUCGUACGUGACAGCGUGUGCGCGUGCGCUCGUUUAAAUUGACGUGUUUGCUGUGUACAAUAUAGUUCUUGUAUGUAUGUGAGUGUACAGUAUGUGUGUGCCAGGCUGCUCAUUGUUUGCUGCACAGCUUCCCGGAUAAACGAGAGAUUGAAUUCGUCAACCGAAUCUAGAGAGCAAACCUGUGCCACUCAUUUCGUAUUCGUCACAUAAUUGCCCACUGUGACCCCAACAGUUGUAAGUGUUCGCACUGUCGACCCGUGUGUGGCAGCAGUAGCGUGAAUAAGUCUGCAGCAGCAUCAUGAGUGACAUUGAUAGUGACAGCGGGGAUACGCGAUGGCGACGAAGGUCGCAAGCACGGAAUCAGUUCCUGCUGACGGGUAAUCCUAACCUGCUGGGUCUGCCCUAUUUCACCCACGUGGAUGGCUUGACAGGGGGUGAGGAGGACAACGAGUCACUUCUCGAUUCGGCGCAGUACCUCGGCCACUACGACUCCUCCGACACUGGGUCUGGGGUGGAACUGGUGAGGCGUCCUCCGCCCCGCUACGGCACAUGGAAACCGGUGGAAGAUGGCAUCACCCUCACAUGGCGCGACCUGAGCGUGUACGUACCACAGAAGAAGACAUGGUACAAGUCGUCGAGCUCACACAAGCCCUACAAGCUGGUACUCAACUCUGUGUCCGGGGCAGUGCGUCCAGGCAGUCUUGUGGCACUCAUGGGGGCUAGCGGGGCAGGCAAAUCCACGUUGAUGAACGCCCUUGCUCAUCGCACGCCCGGUGAGGUGGUGGUGGACGGAGACAUCCUGGUGAACGGCCAUCGCGCCAACCGCAGCAUGAACUCUCUUUCAGGAUACGUGCAUCAGGACGACCUCUUCGUGGCCUCCCUCACCGUGCUGGAACACCUCACAUUUAUGGCGCGGCUUCGCAUGGACGUGAGGACGAGCUCCGGGGAGCGCCGAUCACGCGUGCACGAGCUGGUGAAGGAGCUAGGGCUGAACAAGGUCAAACACUCCCGCAUUGGCUGCCCGGGUUCUGAGAAGUCUCUGUCCGGAGGAGAGAGGAAGAGACUUGCAUUUGCUAGUGAGAUCCUGACGGACCCCCCUCUGCUGUUCUGUGACGAGCCUACCACCGGCCUGGACUCCUUCAAUGCUCGGAAACUCGUGCGCAUGAUGAAAGACAUGGCGGCGCGCGGCAAGACCAUUUUAUGCACCAUUCAUCAACCUUCAACUGAGGUGUUCCUUAUGUUUGACAAGCUGCUGCUCCUAGCCGAAGGUCGCCUCGCCUACAUGGGAUCCUCCAACGGCGCCCUUGAGUUCCUGGACGGGUUGGGCCACAAGUGUCCCUCCACUUUUAAUCCGGCCGACUUUUACAUCCACACGCUGGCGGUACAACCAGGGCACGAGCUGCGGUCCAGGGAGAGGAUCAAGAGGAUCUGUGACAACUUUGCCGUUUCAGCCUACGCCAAGGACGUGGAACUCAUCAUACAGUACCAAGACAACAGGUUCCUGCAGUUCGAGGACAUGCAGAAGUCUUACGAUGGCACGUACAGCACCGACAGCACUAGCAAAACCGCCAGCUCGGAAGAGUCCAUCGUGCACAUCAUCAAACACAUUCCGAAGCUGCCGGGCUGGUGGACACAACUGUACUGGCUGUGGUGGCGCGCUGUCAAGGACUCCUACAGGAACCCAGCGGUGCACGGCAUUAGGAUCCUGCAGAAAAUUGUGAUGGCGUUGUUGAUUGGCUUGUGUUACUUCGGCGUGGAGAUCAACCAGCGUGGUAUUCAGGACAUUGAGGGCGUUCUGUUCAUUUACAUCACCGAGAAUACCUUCCCUUCAGUCUACGCCGUGCUCAAUGUCUUCCCCCUCGAGCUGCCUCUCUUCCUCCGCGAAUACAAGAAUGGAAUAUACCGCUGUGAUACGUAUUACAUUUCGAAGAUGGCUGCCCUGAUGCCCGGGUUCUUCCUCGAUCCCCUUAUAUUUGUGUGCAUCUGCUACUGGAUUGUGGGUCUGCGGCCUCACCUCUACCAGUUCCUGAUGACCACCGUGGUGUUAAUCUUCACCACCAACACCGCUUCCUCCUGUGGUGCCAUGUUCUCGGCCAUGUUUGAGUCCCUGCCCUACGCCAUGGUGAUGCUCGUGCCCUUCCUCAUGAUGCUGCUCAUUACUGGAGGACUCAUGGUCAAUCUCGGGUCGCUGCCGCCGUAUAUAGGAUGGAUAAAAUAUUUCUCGUGGUUCAUGUACAGCAACGAAGCACUGACUGUCGUGCAAUGGGAGGGCGUCAACAAUAUCACCUGCGAGACUGGUCCACGAGUGCCGUGCCUGACGGAGGGUCGCUCCGUGAUGCAGAGAUUCACCUUCAACUACCAACACAUCCCCAUGGACCUGGUGUGCAUGACGGUGCUCUUCAUCAGCUUCCAUACCAUCGGCUUCCUGGGACUCAUGUCUCGCGCACGACGGAAGUGAACACCGUCUACACGAACACGGUGACGAGGAUCAGGACGAGGAGGAGGACAAACAGGAAGACGAGGAUGAACACGGGAUGAGAAUAACUAUAACAACACGGAGGAGGAGGAGGAGGAGGAGGAGGUCGAGGGCAACAAAGACGUAAAAGAAAGAAGAAAAAAAAAAAAAAAAAAAAAGCUUUUGAACCAUGAAAGUCCUUAGAUGAAAUAAGAACAUGAACUGUACUGACUGGCAACACGCACUGCUGAACAUACAGUAGUGCACACACACACACACACACACACACACACACACACAUUAUAUGCAUAAUUCUUUUUCUGAGUGUAUACCUAUUCAUAUCUGACAGUAAAGCAGGUAAAAUUCAA